AAACUUCCACGCGCUUCAUCCCAUUACAUCCCCAUCCCAUCACACCACCCACAAACAUCAUGUCUGCCUUCCUCGCCUCCCUGCGCCCCGGCCUGCGUGCCUCUUCUACCGCUGCUCUGUCCGCGCGUUCGUUCAGCAACUCCGCUGCCCACAAUGCCGCGAAGAUGAUGAUCACCGGCCGCCUCGCCGCUGAGCCCGAGCUGGUUGCGACCUCCUCCGGCAAGGAAAUGAUCAAAUACGCCGUCGGUAGCAGUUACGGAUCCCGCGAAAACCGCACGAUAAGCUGGUUCCGUGUCAACAGCUUCGUCAAUGAAGGUCCCCAGCGGGACUACCUGCUGGGCCUGCCCAAGGGUACCCUCGUGUUCGUCGAGGGCGAUGCCAGCAUGCGCCAGUGGGAAGAUAACGAGGGCAGAAGACAGUCUACCCUGAGCAUUCUUCAACGCUCCAUCGAGGUCCUCAAACGCCCUUAUUCGGGCCCUGACAACGAAUCCGGCGAGUCCCAGCAGGAAUAAAUAAAGAACGUCAGAUCGCGUAUUGUGGUCGGGUUAGCCGGUGUCUUCGGGUCUAAUGGCGUCUACGUUACUUGAUUAUACCAUCUAAUUUUCUUGCCUCCCGGCUGUGGACCUCUCCACCCAGCGACCUUUGAUCCGCUCCUCCGACAGUUGGCUACAGCAUGUUCUUUGUUUAUUUCAUGUAUUGUAUAUGUAUAUCCUUGAAUGAAAGACUCCCAGUGCCGUUG